AUGGACAGCGUCGGUACAUACGCCACCAGUACAGCCGCAUGGCUCUCCCUCCAAGCUAUUCCUCUCCUCAUAUCUCCCAAAUUGAUAGUCACAAUGCUUUCGCCCGAUGCCAGGAGGCCCACAGAUCUCGAAAUAUACCUCUCCCGCACCCUCUCCAUGACCCUCCUGUGUCUAGGUCUCCUCACCAUCCUUCUCGCCGGCCUCCUUCCCCUUUCCACCCCUGUCGCCGAAUCCGAAAACUCCCACGCUCCCUCUCCGUACUCCGGUCCUACAAUCUUCCUGACAACAACCUUCCACGUCUCGAGUACCAUAUACAUGUAUACGAAUUAUAUGGCUACUGGAUCAGCUUGUUUUGCGCUGGGGAUGACAGGGAGUGGGAUUCUGAGCUGUUUCGGACUGUGGUGUUUGAUGUUCGGGGGAGGUGAUGGGAGAGGAAAGGUGUCAGGGUGGCCGUUUAGGAAUGAUGAGGAACGGACAAGGAAGAAGGAGAAGAUGAUGAAGAGACGGGGUUUGUGA